UUAUUGUUUCGGGUUAGUGGAGCAACUGAGCCUGAGGAGCAACGCGCAGCACCGCAUCGCUCAUGUGUUCGCUGUUUUCUCACGGAUUGUGAGUCCUGUAUCUGACAGAGUUACGGCUCGUUUAGACUAUUUAGAGAGAAGAGAGGGCGAUAAAAAAGGUGCAAAAUAGCCUGUCGUUGUUCUGCGUUGCUAUGGAAAAGCCCUGGCGAGUGGAGUUCAGAAACGUGGGCUGCAGUUACUUUCCUCAGAGCAGAGUCGAUUGCCACUACACACUGAGCUCACAGCACAACUGGGCCAGUAAUGACUGGAUAGGGCUCUUUAAGGUGGGAUGGUCAUCAGUGAAGGAUUACCACACGUUUGUUUGGGCACUGGCCCCAGCUGACUAUCAAGAGGGCACGGAUGUCAACUGCUGUGUGCACUUCCAGGCCUCCUACCUACCCAAGCCCACCUCCCAAGAGUAUGAAUUUGUAUAUAUCGAUGCUAAGGGGGAAGUGGCCUCCCGCAGCUCGAAAUUCACUUUCUGCGCACCGAAGCCACUUGAGGAUCUGGUGACCCUUGAGGAGGAGCCCCAUGGAGAGGAAGGAAGCACAGACAUGUUGCUGGUAGUGCCCAGGGCUGAACUGCUGCAGAGUCGACUGCAGGAAUGUCUGCGAGAGCGCGCUGAACUGUUGCAGGUGCAGGAGGCGGCAAACAGGCAGAGGGGGGAAGAGAAGGAAGCGUACAAGAGGGCGAGGGAGGCCUGGGACAGACGACGCAAAGAUCUAGAAAGUGAUAUCGCCAGGCUGCAGGAAGAGCUGAGGCAGAGUCGAGAGAAAAUCGAGGAGAUGGAGAGGAUGCAGAAGGAGGAGCAGGCUUUGGGAGAAUCACUAGCCAAGGAGAAAAGUACUUUAUUAGAUGCGAAGGAGGCGAGCAAAGUGCGAAUCAAAGAGCUGGAGGAGGAUAUGAAAACCCUGACACAGAGAACUGUGGAAAGAGAGACAGAGUUGGAAAGGAUGAAGGAAAGAGCAAAGAGGGCAGGUGCUCAGAGAAAAGAAGAGGAGAGUGAGAGAAAGAGCCUGCAGACCAAGCUGGAACAGACAGAGGGUGAACUCCGAAGUCUUUCUAAGGAGUUCCAGGGCCUGAGGAAUUCGCUGGCCCAGAGAGACACAAGUGUCCUGCAGCUCCAAAGCACCAUCACCACCCUUACCCAGAAACUCACCACUGCCCACAGGAAAGAGGCGGAGAGUGAGGCAACACUGAAGGAGAAGCGGAUUCUUUGGGAGCGUCUGAACGCGAGCGAGCGUGCUGCAGAGGGCUUGAAGAGUGAUCUAAGUGCCAUGGUAGCCCAGAGGGAUCACGGGCAGGCCGAAUUGCAUCAGGCUCGCUUGCAAGCUGCCCAACUCACCCUUCAGCUUGCAGAUUCCAGUCUGGCCCUAAGAGAGGGAAGAGCCCGUUGGGCCCAGGAGAGGCAGAAUCUGCAACACACUGCUGAGAAGGAUCAUGAGCGUCUGGAGAAACUCAGUGCAGAGAUGCAGAGGAUAGAGGAGAGGCUGCAGGAGGAGAGGAUGGAGAGAGUGAAGCUGGAGGUUGAGCUUGGGAGAGAAAAGGAUUGCAACCGGGUUCAGCUGAGUGAAACCCGCAGGGAGCUCCAGGAGCUGAAGGCCAGCCUGAGGGUCGCCCAAAAAGAGAAGGAGCAGCUACUUGCAGAGAAACAGGAGUUGAUGGAGUACAUCUGUCAGCUGGAGCAGAAGAUGGGAACAGUGGCCAGUGCCAAGUGGAGUGUUGCCCCGAUUGCCUCUACAGGGCGGCCUGGCAGUGCAUUAUCUGACUCCGAGGACGAGAACCCAGUGGCUUUGCAGCCCCUCCGCCCACCAAGACCUCUGGGACAUUACAGCCUGUGUGAGCAGGGCGAGCCUGACUCCAUGCUCCUUGCCACCCCUCCUCCCUCCCCCAGGGAGGCGGAGAGGAGCGCAGUGGUCAUCAACCAGCCAGCCCCGCUCUCCUCGCCCCACCAGGCCGGCUCUGACACUCUGGCGCACAGCUCUGAUUCGGAGGAGGAAUCUGAUCCACUUCAGUGUGGAAGGCACAGCUCUGGAGAGGAAACAGCCCUUUUGCUAUCUGAGCACACGGACACUGUUCUCAGUGAUCUGGCCGACACCUCGCUAUGGUAACCAGUGGACAUCCAGCCACAGCCACGGCGAGUGAUCAAAAAGCGUAGAAGGGGGACUUCCUUGGAGUUAAUGUGGUUCCACAUUACUUCCACUAACAAGCACACAUACAGCUCACUCACUACACAGACAAUAUGUUAAUAUGCAAUUCACAUCGUAUCUGCCGUGAACCUUGGUUUUUCUCUCCUAGACUGUUGUUAUUGCCCUCUCUGUUUUGUGGUUAGGGAUGACAUAAUGCUUGUGGUGGCAGGUCAACACCGUGUUUAUGACUGACAUAAGACUGUUGCACAGUUUUAGGCACGGGCUCUGGCGUUUGAGAGUUCGCAGGCUGUAGCGGAAUGAUUUCUGUUGAAUCAUUGCUACGUCGAGAGCUUUACGAUGGAUGUUAUGUCGUUUUUAUGACAUUUGUGAUUAGGAGUCAUGACAGGCACUGUAAUUAUGAUGUUUUGUGCAGGCCGGGCUCCACUGGAAAUCAUGGCAAAACUCUCUUCCAGCUUUAAAUUCUCCACAGCAGCUUUGAACGCUAUUCAUGGCAGCAUAAAGUAAAUGAUACAGCUUCAUGCUAGAAUUAUAUUGCAGCAAUGUAGGUCUAUGACAUCAUAUUUCUCCUCCAUUUACUCAGAGCUAAGAUUUGAUAUGCACUUUCUUGUAUGCAUUAGCAGCUGACUGUUGUCGUGCAGAUGCAGUUAAGGAAAUUUAGCGAUGCAGAGGCGCUCUAAGAUGGAAAAGCAUUUGAAAUAGUGUUUAUUAACCAGAUUGUUUUUAAAGUCUACUAAGAUGCAACUUUCUACUUCAGUAACUUCAAAUCAUCAUUAUUAUAAAAUUAAUGCUCAUAAGCUUUUUCACUGUAGAUCAGCUACAGUCUUUACUUGUUGAUGGUCCUGAAUUUUAUGUUUCUUAAUUAUUGAAAUUAAAUGCUAAUUUACUAGCUGGUCAUUUUGGAUAUUUAGUGUCGGUCUUUGUUACGGUUUGUAUUGUACAGAAAUCUUAUCUCACAUCCAUGCAAUUCUAAAUUUGUGCCUAAAAUAAUGAGAGAAGAAAGAAAAUCAUCUUUAUAGAUCCUGACAUCACGACAUCCCCAAGCCCAGUGGCAAUAUACUGCUUAAUAAAAAUUGCUGCCUACCUUUUAAUCAAUACUGUAUGCAUUUUUCAUGAUUUUCUAUUUAUAAUUAACUUGAGUUAUUCUGCAAUGAAAGUAUAUUCAGGUUUAGUUUGAAAUAGGCGUUUGUUUUUCACACAACUGUUUGUGCAAUGUGUAACAGGAUUUUCCAUGCUUGGCUAAGAAGAUUUGCUAGACACUUGAUGCUUGAUUUUAUCUGCUGUAUUUGCACCCUAUUUUUACUAUAGAAGAGUUUUUAGAUGAAGUUGAUAUACGGAUACUUAAUGUGUCAGUUGUGUCCUUUCAUCAUUAUCUUAAUCAUUACCAUUGUGUGCUGUGUUUACGCAUAUUUUAUCUACACUUUUUGUUUUUAUCUUCUGUCUUCAAAUACUCACUGUAUUAAGAUUUGACAUAUAUGAGUUAUAUUGUUGCGAGAUGUUGGUGCUAAUGAAAGGGAAUGAUACCAGCAUGUUGAGUUUAAGGUAGAAAGAAAUUGAUUUGAAUGUUUAAAGCGUUUCAGCAGGAACAGGAUUAUUGAAGUAGUUAUGAAAGAAGUUAAUGUCUGUCCAACCUGUCGUUUACCUUGUGUCACUAGGUAUUCUGGUGUUGCAGUACAUGUUGAGUAUAUAGAAGUUUGAAUAUUUUGAAGAGUCUGGUAUUCUUUCCCAGAAGACAGCGCACUACAUGUAUUCUCCGUAGUCUUUGUUUGUGGUUGUAAUCUGACUUUAUGUCUUAGGGAAGUGUUUUUUUUUUUGUCGUUCCACUGAGAGCUCUAGUACGAGUACCCCUCGUCAGGACACUUUCUCCUAUUGCAAUAAAGCUCCAGUGGUUAUGGUUUGUUUUGAAGUUUUGUGUGUGAAGGUUAUCCCACAUGUACACCGCAGUGUAUUUUCUUAUCGCUCAUGUAACAGGGUUUGGGUGGGGUUCUGUAUAAUAAAAUGGUUUAUGUAUCCAUUA